AUGAAUCCACUGAUCUCAGUCCAAGACUUCACAAAUCAAGCCGCAGAAUCUUUUAACAUUGUCUAUUGUGCAUUAUUAUUAUAAUUUUUAAAAAAAUUCUAUUUUAAUAAAAAAAAUUAUUAUAAAAAUCCCCUAUUGUGCCCCCCUCCUUCACAUUCCCAAUCUUCAUUUAUCCCUGGGUCUUACAUUUAUCAUAUUUCAGAGAACACUGAAGAAUUCAUCAAAGAUGCCCGCAGUAUAGAGUUUGACGAAGAAGAACGAACCAUCAUCUGCUACGACGACGGUGACUUCUCCUAUGCCUGCAAAGCUUAUUGAGGAUUCCGAGCCACAGGUGUCGACGAAGUCAGGAUUUUAAUUGGUGGCUUAAAAGCUUGCCAAGAAAUUGGCUUGGAGCUUGAUGAAGGUGAGCCACCAGAAAUUACUAGAUCUAACCAUCCGUAUUUGCCCUUUAAUAACUCAAUAGUUAUCACAAAAGAAGAAUUCGCGAAGAAAAGCGUUUAUUGUCAACAAAUCCUUAGGGCAAAUAGCUUGCCGUUUAACUUAUUAGAUGCAAGAGGAAAUAUGAUACUGCAAGCACAGCUGAUGAAAAACUUGGAGACCAAUGGAAUCACGUUCAGUACUGGGAAAUCGACAAUUGUCCAUGGAAAAGCUGCGUGCUUGUUAGGUCUUUUAUUGACAUUUUUAGGGGAAAAAUCAGUAAGUGUUGUUAUUGAUGACACGGAAGGGAUUUUGGCAAGCAGCAAAGGGAAGGCGAAAAAGAGAGAAUUGUCAUUCCAUAUGGUGCCUGAUGGAGGGGAAAUACCUGAUAGUGGAGCUACCAGGUCACCGAGAAAGUCAGGAGAAGAAAAGCAUUAUAAACUGCCAGUUGAUGACAAAAAUGAGACAAAGAAGCCAGAGCCUGGAAGAUCAAAUACAAUAUGCUGCAACGCGUGUAGUCUAUUUUAA